UUUCACAAUAUCAUCACUCUUUUUUUUAUCUACCAUCUUCAACCUAAAACCCCCUUUUUAAUCAUCAUUAUUAUAUUUGAGGAUUAAUUUAAUGGCGAUGAAUUGAGCUAGGGCUUUGGAAAUCCUCCUUCAAUGGCGGCGAAUCCUUCGUCCUUGCGCUUCAACCCUGCUGCUGGUGGUUAUGGCAACCUCGACGCAGUCAAUCGCGUUCUCUCUGAUCUUUGCAUCAAAGGAAUUCAUAAGGAGGGUGCGUCGUCUGCUUUGAGGAGACACAUUGAAGAAGCAGCACAUGAUCUCAAUGGAGAAGCAUUUUCGCGCUUCAUGGAUCAGCUCUAUGAUCGAAUAUCUAGUUUACUAGAAAGUGGUGAUGUUGCUGAAAAUUUGGGAGCUUUAAGAGCUAUUAAUGAGCUAAUAGAUUUGCCGCUGGGAGAGAGUGCUUCCAGGGUUUCGAAAUUCUCUAAUUAUAUUCGAACUGUUUUUGAGUUGAAGCGUGAACGUGAAAUAUUAGUCCUUGCUAGUAGAGUGCUUGGACACCUAGCUCGGGCUGGUGGGGCCAUGACUGCUGAUGAAGUGGAACACCAGAUAAGAAACGCGUUGGAUUGGCUACGUGGAGAGCGAGUUGAGUACCGUCUUCUUGCUGCAGUUUUAAUCUUGAAAGAAAUGGCUGAAAACGCUUCAACUGUGUUCAAUGUCCACGUUCCAGAAUUUGUGGAUGCCAUUUGGGUUGCCUUAAGAGACCCUUCAUUAGAUGUACGAGAACGUGCUGUGGAAGCAUUACGUGCUUGUCUUCGUGUCAUUGAGAAACGUGAGACACGUUGGCGUGUUCAAUGGUACUACCGUAUGUUUGAGGCUACUCAAGAGGGUCUAGGAAAAAACGCUCCAGUUCAUAGCAUUCAUGGUUCCUUACUUGCUGUUGGGGAGCUAUUGAGGAAUACAGGUGAAUUUAUGAUGUCUAGGUAUAGAGAAGUUGCAGAUAUUGUACUAAGAUAUCUUGAGCAUCGUGAUCGGCUUGUUCGUCUUAGCAUAACUUCAUUGCUUCCUCGCAUUGCUCAUUUCCUACGUGAUCGUUUUGUGACUAAUUAUUUGACGAUAUGCAUGGAUCAUAUUCUUGCUGUUCUGAAGAUACCUGCUGAGCGGGCCAGUGGUUUCAUUGCUCUUGGGGAGAUGGCUGGUGCCUUGGAUGGGGAACUUGUUCACUAUUUGCCGACAAUAAUGUCUCAUUUGCGUGAUGCUAUUGCUCCUCGUAGGGGUAGACCUUCUUUGGAGGCUUUGGCUUGUGUUGGCUGCAUCGCAAAAGCAAUGGGGCCAGAUAUGGAGCCUCACAUUCGUGGCCUCUUAGAUGCAAUGUUCUCUGCUGGUCUUUCAUGCCAGCUUGUAGAAGCACUUGAGCAAAUCGCCAUUAGUAUUCCUUCAUUGCUUACAACAAUUCAAAGCCGAUUGCUGGAAUGCAUUUCCAUUGCUCUUUCGAGGUCUCAUCAUGCUCAGGUGAAGCCAGCUGUGACGAUAGGCCGAGGAAAUGUGGUAAAUACGCCUUUGCUGAUUUCAGAUGUCUCUGGCCCUGUUCUCGUGCAACUUGCUUUGCAGACUCUUGCACAUUUUAACUUCAAGGGCCAUGAUCUUCUAGAGUUUGCAAGGGAAUCUGUUACCUCUUACUUGGAAGAUGAGGAUGCAGUCACUAGGAAAGAUGCUGCAUUAUGCUGUUGCAGAUUAGUAGUGAAUUCUAUUUCUGUAGCAUCUACUCAAUACACUCCUGCUAGAUCUAGCCGAACUGGAGGAAAAAGAAGACGUCUCAUUGAGGAGAUUGUGGAAAAGCUGCUAAUAGCUGCUGUUGCUGAUGCUGAUGUUAGUGUUAGGCUUUCAAUUUUCCAAUCCUUGCAUGAAGAUGGAGGUUUUGAUGAAUAUCUGGCUCAAGCUGAUUGUUUAAGUGCUAUCUUUGCUGCUCUAAAUGAUGAGGAUUUUCAAGUUCGUGAAUAUGCAAUCUCAGUUGCUGGCCGAUUGUCUGAAAAGAAUCCUGCAUAUGUUCUCCCAGCUUUACGUCGUUAUCUCAUACAGCUGCUAACAUAUCUAGAGCAAAGUGUGGACAGCAAAUGCAGAGAAGAAAGUGCUAAAUCAUUGGGGUGCUUAAUUCGCAGUUGUGAACGUUUAAUACUCCCAUAUAUUGCUCCGAUACAUAAGGCUUUAGUGGCAAAACUCCGUGAGGGAUCGGCAUUGACUGCUAAUAGUGGCAUUAUCACUGGAGUUUUGGUAACUGUUGGAGAUUUGGCUAGAGUGGGCGGCUUUGCCAUGAGACAAUAUAUUUCUGAACUAAUGCCACUAAUAGUAGAAGCUUUAGUGGAUGGGGCAGCUGUCACAAAACGAGAAGUUGCAGUUGCGACCCUUGGACAAGUAGUACAGAGCACCGGGUAUGUCAUAGCUCCUUACAAUGAUUACCCUCAGCUGCUUGGAUUACUCCUGAAGUUGCUCAAUGGUGAUUUGGCGUGGUCAACAAGACGAGAAGUGUUGAAGGUUCUUGGUAUCAUGGGUGCAUUGGAUCCCUAUGUUCAUAAAAGGAACCAACCGAACUUGCCUGGGGCCCAAACAGAAGUUACCAACACAACCACAGAAACUGGUCAGCACAUUCGAUCCAUGGAUGAUCUCCCUAUGGACCUUUGGCCAUCUUUUACAACAUCUUCUGAGGACUAUUACUCAACGGUUGCGAUAAAUUCCCUCAUGCGUGUUCUUAGGGAUCCUUCACUUUCUAGCUAUCACCAAAAAGUGGUUGGAUCCCUCAUGUUCAUAUUUAAGUCUAUGGGACUGGGCUGUGUGCCAUACUUGCAAAAGGUUUUGCCGGAUCUUUUCCAAAUCGUUCGAGCUUGUGAUGAUAACUUGAAGGACUUUAUUACGUGGAAAUUUGGAACAUUGGUAUCUAUUGUGCGUCAGCAUAUCCGUAAAUAUCUUGUAGACCUGCUUGCUCUAAUUGCUGAGCUAUGGUCUUCCUUUUCUUUGCCAGCAGUCAACCGUUCUGUGCGUGGUUUGCCUGUUUUGCAUUUGGUAGAACAACUCUGUGUGGCACUAAACGAUGAAUUUAGGACAUAUCUUCCUGUUAUUCUUCCACGCUGCAUACAAGUUCUCAGUGAUGCAGAAAAGUGCAAUGAUUAUACUUAUGUUCCAGAUAUUCUCCACACUCUUGAAGUUUUUGGAGGAACAUUAGAUGAACAUAUGCAUCUGCUUCUUCCGGCACUCAUCCGUCUUUUCAAAGUGGAUGCUUCAGUGGAGAUAAGACGUGCAUCAAUUAAAACUCUUACUAGAUUAAUUCCUAGAGUGCAGGUUGCUGGCCAUAUAUCGUCUCUUGUUCAUCACUUGAAGCUCGUUUUGGAUGGGAAAAAUGAUGAGCUCCGGAAGGAUGCUGUUGAUGCACUUUGUUGUCUUGCGCAUGCCCUUGGUGAGGACUUUGCUAUUUUCAUCCCAUCCAUUCACAAGCUUUUGCUGAAGCAUAGGUUGCGGCACAAGGAAUUUGAAGAGAUAGAAGGGCGCUUUCGGCGACGAGAACCUCUAAUUUCUGGAAGUACGGCUGCUCAAAGAUUAAGCCGACGCCUUCCUGUAGAAGUUAUAAGUGAUCCUCUGAAUGAUGCAGAAUAUGAUCCUUAUAGUGAUGGAUGUGACAUGCUCCGAGAUGUCAAAAGCCAUCAGGUCAAUGAUGGACGUUUACGUACUGCUGGGGAGGCUUCUCAGCGUAGUACUAAAGAAGAUUGGGCUGAAUGGAUGAGGCAUUUUAGUAUUGAACUACUUAGAGAAUCUCCUUCUCCAGCUUUAAGAACUUGUGCUAGGCUUGCACAGUUACAGGUACGUUCACAUAUAAAGCUGCCUCACUUCAACACUUCUAUUAUGAUUUUCUUUUUUAAUCCCAGGGAUCUCCAGCCUUUUGUUGGGAGAGAACUAUUUGCUGCUGGUUUUGUCAGUUGUUGGGCUCAACUUAAUGAGACAAGUCAAAAGCAGUUGGUUCGACAAUUGGAGACAGCAUUUUCUUCACCAAAUAUACCCCCUGAGAUUCUGGCAACUCUUCUUAAUCUGGCAGAGUUCAUGGAACAUGACGAGAAACCUCUACCUAUUGAUAUACGUCUCCUUGGAGCUCUUGCUGAGAAGUGUAGAGCAUUCGCCAAGGCAUUACACUACAAGGAAAUGGAGUUUGAAGGUCCUCGUUCUAGAAACAUGGACGCCAAUCCGGUUGCUGUCGUUGAAGCACUUAUCCAUAUUAAUAAUCAGUUGCAUCAGCAUGAGGCUGCUGUAGGAAUUUUGACCUAUGCACAACAGCAUUUAGAUGUUCAAUUGAAGGAGUCAUGGUAUGAGAAGUUACAACGCUGGGAUGAUGCUUUGAAGGCUUAUACAGCAAAAGCAGCUCAAGCAACAAAUCCUCAUGCUUUACAGGAAGCUACAUUAGGGAGAAUGAGGUGCCUUGCAGCACUUGCCCGCUGGGAAGAGCUUCACACACUGUGUAAGGAUUAUUGGACUCCAGCUGAGCAAGCAGCUAGAUUGGAAAUGGCACCAAUGGCUGCCAGUGCUGCUUGGAACAUGGGUGAGUGGAAUCAAAUGGAAGAAUAUGUUAAAAGCCUUGACGAUGGUGAUGAAACAAAAUUUCGUGUUUUGGUAAAUACAUCUGCUACUGGUGAUGGAAGCAGUAACGGUACAUUCUUUCGGGCUGUUCUAUUUGUUCGGCGUGGAAAGUAUGAUGAAGCUCGAGAAUAUGUUGAGAGGGCAAGAAAGUGCUUGGCCACAGAGCUGGCAGCUCUGGUUCUUGAGAGUUAUGAGCGCGCAUACAGCAAUAUGGUCCGUGUUCAACAAUUGUCAGAACUAGAGGAGGUGAUUGAUUAUUGUACUCUACCUGUUGGUAAUCCAGUCGCAGAGGGGCGCCGUACACUUAUACGGAAUAUGUGGACUCAACGCAUACACGGAGUGAAGCGUAAUAUUGAGGUUUGGCAACAUCUAUUGGUAGUAAGAGCACUUGUCCUACCUCCAGCCGAAGACACCGAAACAUGGUUGAAAUUUUCUUCUCUGUGCCGAAAAAGUGGACGGAUCAAUCAAGCCAAAUCCACAUUAAUUAAACUUCUUCAGUAUGAUCUUGAAACAUCUCCGAGAAAUGUACAUUACCGUGGACCUCCUCAAGUGAUGCUUGCGUACUUGAAAUAUUUAUGGUCACUUGGGGAGGAUCACAAGCGACGGGAUGCAUUUGCAAGGUUGCAGGGUUUGGCCAACGAACUUUCUAGUGUGUCAAGUAUUCUGCCCACCUCUCAAACAUCAUUGAUAAAUGCUUCUACACCAGCCACUCCUCUUGUUGCCCGUGUAUAUCUCAAACUUGGCACUUGGCAACGCGAACUCACUCCAAUACUUGAUGACGAAUCCAUUCAAGACAUAAUUGGUUCAUUAGGAAAAGCUACGCAGUGUGCACCUAAUUGGGGGAAAGCUUGGCACUCUUGGGCUUUAUUUAAUACAGCCGUUAUGUCACAUUAUACACUUGGAGGUUUUGCAAGUACAGUAGGGCAGUUUGUUGUUGCCGCUGUCACUGGAUACUUCCACUCUAUAGCAUGUGCCGCAAAUUCUAAAGAUGUUGAUGACAGUUUGCAGGACAUACUCCGUCUUCUUACUCUGUGGUUCAAUCAUGGGUCAACUGCUGAGGUUCAAAUGGCUCUUCAAAGGGGAUUUCAACUUGUCAGCAUAGACACUUGGCUUGUUGUUUUACCUCAAAUUAUUGCUCGGAUUCAUUCUAACAAUCAUGCUGUUAGAGAACUCAUACAAUCUCUUUUAGUGCGGAUUGGACAAAACCAUCCUCAGGCUCUUAUGUAUCCUCUUCUUGUGGCAUGCAAAUCAAUAAGUGACCUACGUAGAGCUGCUGCUCAAAAAGUAGUUGACAAAGUACGUCAACAUAGCAGUGCACUUGUUGAUGAGGCUCAACUAGUAUCAAAGGAGCUAAUUAGGGUGGCAAUAUUAUGGCAUGAAAUGUGGCAUGAAGGAUUGGAAGAAGCUAGUCGUCUCUAUUUUGGUGAACACAAUAUAGAGGGAAUGUUAAAGGUCCUUGAACCAUUGCAUGAGAUGUUGGAGGAAGGUGCCAUGAGGGAUAUCACUACCAUUAACGAGAUGACCUUCAUUCAGACAUAUCGCCAGGACUUGCUUCAAGCUUAUGAAUGCUGCAUGAGAUACAAGAGAACUGGGAAAGAUGCAGAACUUACUUUGGCCUGGGACCUUUAUUAUCAUGUCUUUCGACAGAUAGAUAGGCAGCUUCAGUCACUUACUACCCUAGACUUGCAGUCAGUUUCGCCAGAGUUGCUUAGUUGUCGAAAUUUGGAACUUGCUGUUCCUGGAACCUAUCGUGCUGAUGCACCAGUUGUGACUAUAAAGUCAUUUGCACCUCAACUUACGGUAAUGACCUCUAAACAACGGCCUCGUAAGUUGACCAUUCAUGGUAGUGAUGGAGAUGACUAUGCUUUCUUGCUCAAGGGACAUGAAGACCUACGUCAAGAUGAACGUGUCAUGCAGCUUUUUGGUUUGGUGAAUACUCUUCUAGAGAAUGCUCGUAAAACCUCGGAAAAAGAUCUUUCCAUCCAACGAUAUUCUGUCAUUCCUUUGUCUCCGAAUAGUGGGCUAAUUGGAUGGGUGCCUAAUUGUGAUACUUUACAUCACCUCAUAAGAGAGUACAGGGAUGCUAGAAAGAUCACCUUAAAUCAAGAACACAGGUUGAUGCUCAGUUUUGCGCCAGAUUAUGACCAUUUACCACUCAUAUCCAAAGUAGAAGUAUUUGAAUAUGCUCUGCAAAAUACCGAAGGAAAUGAUUUAGCAAAGGUACUUUGGUUGAAAAGUCGCACGUCAGAAGUCUGGCUGUACAGGCGAACUAAUUAUACAAGAAGCUUAGCGGUGAUGAGCAUGGUCGGCUACCUUCUUGGCUUGGGUGAUCGACACCCAAGUAACCUUAUGCUACAUCGUUACAGUGGGAAAAUCUUGCAUAUUGAUUUUGGGGACUGCUUUGAAGCAUCGAUGAACAGAGAAAAAUUUCCUGAGAAGGUGCCUUUUCGCUUGACUAGAAUGCUUGUAAAAGCCAUGGAAGUCAGUGGAAUAGAGGGUACCUUCCGCACAACAUGUGAAAAUGUGAUGCAAGUUCUUAGAACAAACAAGGACAGUGUCAUGGCUAUGAUGGAGGCUUUUGUUCACGAUCCUCUUAUAAAUUGGCGUCUUUUCAACUUCAAUGAAGUCCCACAAAUCUCUACUCUUGCAAGUGCACAUAUCCCUUCUGCCGUGAACAGUGAAGAACCUUCUUCGAGUAAUAACCUUUCACAUCCUCAGCGAGGAGUACGAGAGAGAGAACUACUACAGGCUGUUAAUCAACUUGGUGAUGCUAAUGAGGUUCUGAAUGAGCGUGCUGUGAUGGUUAUGGCUCGGAUGAGUAACAAGCUUACAGGGCGUGACUUUUCCACGGUCUCUGCUUCUACAGUUGCAGGCCAAGGUGCAGCAGAUAGUAGUAAGACUAGUAACUUUGCAUCAGGAGAUUCCCGUGAAGUUGAACAUGGCUUGUCUGUCAAACUACAGGUUCAAAAAUUGAUAGAUCAGGCUACUUCAUAUGAGAAUUUAUGCCAAAAUUACGUCGGGUGGUGCCCAUUUUGGUGAGCAGCAAUCGAUUGUAUGUUGUUUAUGGUGUACAUAUGUUUAUUCUUCUCCUUUUCUUUCCCCAUUUUUGUAUCAUUGCAUCAGAGGUUGUAUAGAUCUCACAUUCUCACCAUGUAUAUAUAUAUGAUGUUGUAGCAUUAUUUGUACAUAAAUUUCAUAAUGCAAUAAUACAAGCUCUUGUAGAAGAUGUGUUUACCUUCA